GGGCCCGCUCGGCUGGGAGCCGGCUGCGGCCUGCGGGGCACGGAGCUCAGCCCCCCCCCCCCGGUUCCUGCCUCCUCAGCCCCCCGGUACCUGCCUGCUCAGCCCCCGGGUAGCUGCCUCCUCGACUCCCGGCCCAGCUGGGAGGUGCGCCUGUAUGAGCGACGUGAUCCAGGUGCUUUACGCUCAGCUGGCUUGGAGGCCCUGUGAUGAGUUUGCAAGUUGGACCGUGUUUGGAUUAUCUGAAGGACUCCGUGUGGAAGGUGUUUGCACCCUCUUGAGCUGCCCUGUCUCCCACUGUGGCACCUUACACCCCUAGUUAAACCUGUUGUUCAGUUUUGCUUUUUAUUGCUCGGGAAGUUUCUUCAGAAGAAGAGGAAUGCAUUUCAUUUGCAGAGAGCAUAUGUUGAUUCACAUGUCACAUCUAGAGCUACUCUGUCAGAUGUUCUGAAGUUCCUGUUGGAGACCAUGCCAUCAUACCUGUGUACUCUCUUUGUGACUGCACCAUGCUGCAGAAGGGGAUCUGACUCAUGCCUGCCCUGCUUGGAGACCUGUUUGUGAGCACUCCUGUUUGCCAUUUGAAAGUUGCUUCUUCACAAGUGUACCACAUAACAAUUGCAAGCUUCUCUUCCAGAGAAGCCAGUGAUUUAUUCCAGCCAUGUCACUAGCUGAAGGGGUUUCACAGCCCUCUGACUCUGUGGACCUUUGUUAGUCACACUGAGAACUGGUGACCUACAACGUUAAUGUUGAGCGUGUUGUGUUUUAAGGUUUUGAGGAAAAUGCAGAGACGGCAUAGCAGCAACACUGACAACGCUCCUCCUGAAAGAAACCGGAGCCAAACAGUCAGUUCUGAAACAAGCGUGGAUGAAAGUGGAGUUUUUGAAAGUCUCAAGGCUGAAACUUCCUCUCCACAACAGCUGUUCUCGGGCCUGGCAGGUAUCCCGUCGGGUACCAUCACAGCCACGCCAUUCCAGUCAGGUUUGGUUCUGGGCUCUUCAGCGGGAGGUGGGGAAGUAUUCAUUCAGAUGCCAACCCCGAGGGAGGAAGGAAGCAGUCGUACGGAAGGAGCCCCGUUUCACCACCGGCAACAGUCCCAUCAUUUCCACCAUGGCCAUCACCGGGGUUCGUCCCUGCUGCACAUGGCUGGUGGGGACCGCCACGGGCAUGCCGAGGAAGGCAGUGAUGAACAGGCCGGGACUCCAGCCCCAGCUCUUUCAGAGUUAAAAGCUGUGAUCGGUUGGCUGCAGAAGGGACUUCCCUUCAUCUUGAUCCUCACGGCUAAAGUUUGUUUCCAGCAUAAGCUUGGGAUUGCUGUGUGCAUUGGUAUGGCCAGCACGUUCGCAUAUGCCAACUCAACACUCCGAGAACAGGUUGCUCUGAAGGAGAAAAGAUCAGUAUUGGUUGUCUUCUGGAUCCUGGCCUUUCUCACCGGAAACACCUUCUACUUGCUUUACACAUUCAGCUCCCAGCAGCUGUACAACAGCCUUAUAUUUCUGAAACCCAACCUUGAGAGACUGGACUUCUUUGACCUGAUGUGGAUUGUGGGGAUUACGGACUUUGUGCUGAAGUAUCUCACCAUUGCAUUGAAAUGCCUAAUUGUUGCCUUGCCUAAGAUCAUCCUAGCUGUCAAGUCAAAGGGAAAGUUUUAUUUGGUUAUUGAAGAGCUGAGCCAGUUGUUCCGAUCCCUUGUCCCCAUCCAGUUGUGGUAUAAAUACAUCAUGGGAGAUGACCCAUCCAGCAGCUACUUCCUAGGAGGGAUUCUGAUCAUCCUGUAUAGCCUCUGCAAGUCUUUUGACAUCUGUGGUCGUGUGGGAAGUGUCCGGAAGGCACUGAAAGUCCUUUGCACCCCACAGACCUAUGGAGUUCGUGCCACCAGCCAGCAGUGCAGUGAGGCAGGUGACAUCUGUGCCAUUUGCCAAGCAGAGUUCAGGGAACCUUUGAUCCUUAUGUGCCAGCAUGUGUUUUGUGAAGAAUGCCUCUGCCUCUGGUUUGACAGGGAGAAGACCUGUCCGCUUUGUCGUUCUGUCACAGUAGAAACCCUGCGUUGCUGGAAAGAUGGCACCACCUCUGCUCAUUUCCAGGUGUAUUAAAACCAACACAUACCAAUAAAUGGACUGACACGUGGAGAGAAGGAAGAGACAGAAAUCUGCUGAUCCUAUGCCCCUGUUUUAUUGCCUAGUGUUUCUUCCAGCUCUGUUUCUCCAAGAACCAAUGAACAACAAUUGUUACUAGCCAGAAGUUUUACCCUCAAAGGCAAGUGAGAUGUGUUUUGUGUUGUGGCAACCUCCAUGGCUAAGCUACAGCCAGGGUUUUUUCCUGAACUUACACGGUUAUAAACUGCUUGGUGUGUUUCCUUUUUUUCUGUCCUUUUAGUGUAUGUAAAUACUGCAUGUAUAAGGAGAGUGUACUGUCAAUUCACCACUGCACGUGUAUAACCUGGUGUACUAGAAAAAGGCUGUUGUUCUCUGGCUCAAACCAUGGGUGAGAUUUUUCACAUUAAAUGUCUCUAACUUCCCUGUAUCUGUAGCUUCAUAGAAUUACACAGUUGCUGCUACAUUACCUGUUCAGAACUCUUCCAAAAUACCACUUCAGAAUUGCAUGCCCAAAGAUUAUUUGGGGGUUGGAGAAAUGUAAUUUCUCAACAGCCCUGUUUUUAUAUUAAUUCCACAAAUUGUGUGUUGUCACCUUCAUGAAAAGACCAUGCUAGUGACGCUGGAAUUGACACUUGCUUUUCUUGGGAGUGUUUUUCCUCUUUAAUUUUCAUGAUCAGACUUUCUGAUUUCCUAGCAUCUGGGGAGAACCGUGGGAGGCAAGGAGAGAUUAAAGUUGGUUGAUUGGACUAUGUGAGAAGUUAAGGUCCUAAGCAAGACCAUCUCACAACUUAAAGUAUCUCAGUAUAGCCACUUGGGGCAAGGCUUACUGGCUUUAAAAUCCAGCACCCCUCAGCAUCCAGAACCUGUGUGGGUCCAAAACCAGAAGUGUACUCAUGCAGCACUGAGGCCACAUAGCGCUGUUGCUACCAGAAAGGCUGGGGCACCAGGAUACAGGGCCCCCUGGAGAGACAGGAUUUAGUGAGACUUAGUAGCUGGAGGGCAGAAUUAUACAGAAGCAGCUGCAUUGCUUCAGGAGCCAGCCUGGUUUAUACACAAGCUGGAUAAUCCACCUGUGAGGUGGAGACUUGAUUGUAACACCUCCUCUUCAGAAAAAGCUCUUUGAGGAGAUGCCUUGUAUUGUUAACAGGAGAAUUAACAUACUUGGUAGCUGAGAAAGAAGAGAUUGCUGCAAUUUCCAUCUCUACUGAGGGUGCUGCAGGAGCACUUGCAUGCAAAUUGAGUUGCUGUUCCUUUGCUGGAGCUUUCUCCAUCACUAAACAACCUCUGCUUUUUGCUGCAUGCCCAGAGAAAGUGCCUCAUUAGGCAACUGUGGCAUCUUCCAGUGCUCAUUGCUAUGGAAAUGGCCGUAAGGUUACAAUCCCACUUGAGUGGAUAAUCAGGAAGAACUGUACCUGGGGGAAAUGAGCCUGUGUGUGCAUACCGACUGCCUUCCCCUCCUGCCGUGAAACUCCACAGGGAGAAGAAUUAAAGCAAACAGGAGCUAAUGGUAACAGGAUUAAGGCUCAACAUUUCUUUGGAAAUAAUAGUUAAGUAUGGCUAGAGGAGAAAUGAUGAGAGGCAGAGCCUGAGCGGGGAAGAUAGUCCAAAUCUGGUCUGAGAGAUACAGGGAAAUAGAGAAGGAAUAGCUUUACUUUUCAUAACAAAGCAAUUUGAUUCUUGUCAAAUGGAUCCCAUGACAGUGGAGAACUGAGCCAAGGAAUCCAGUGGCUGUCUCCAGUGGUAAUAGACAUUCUGGGAUGGAGAAAGAGAGUUCGGGAAGGAAGAAAGUGAGGUUUUCAGUGGGCAUAAAAAUGUUGUUCUGCAUGAUAGUCUGGUAUAUUCACCGGGAAAAGGGAAAAUUCCUGUGUCUGCCAGCAGACUAAUUUAAUAUGAAAGUCUUCGGCUUCAGUUCUCAGUGCUAUGCCAAUUAAUUAAAAGGUUGGUAGUGUCUGCUUUUGAAAUGUUUGAAAAGCUACCUCUAAUUCUGAUGUUUUUCUAAAUGCUCCUGGAAAAUGUAUUUGGAGAGAGUAUGAAAAGGUCAGUAUGAGCCUAAAACUACAAGUAGCAUUUGUAGCACUGGUUCAACAUUAUUUAUUUAUUUAUUUUAGUUUAGUGAUAAAGAAGGAAGGUAAUCAACAAGAACACAUGGGGAAUAUGUUUUGCCAUUCUUAUAGUCCUUCUCUUUUUUUAUAUUUUUUCUUUAUUGGCCACUUUUUCCCAGUCAGCAAUCUGAGUAAGAGAGGACUGUCACAUACUUCAAACCCUUUGCUACAGCCCAAGGACUCGGAAAAGAUCUUGUGGUAAGACAUGAUACUAAUACACAGGGGAAGAAUUGCCCUGUACCUUGCAUGCUUGUGGUACCCAUGUAAGAAUCCCUGCACUGGCACCACAAUUUUUUGAAGAACUUCUACUGCUUUUCAUUUUCUUCAUCUCAGAGAUUCUUGAUUUUUGCUUUCCCCUCUAUCAUAAAGCAGCAUUCUGGUUCCCAUACAGAUGGCUGGCUCCUCUGGUGACUUGUUUCAGUGGUAUCUGACACCUGUGUGCAUGUAACUCAUUGCAGGGCCCCAUUUUCUUAAUACAACAGAAACUCAGGAAAGCUGCUGUUUGGCUAACCUUUCAGACAGAAGGCUUCUGUUGCUAUUUAGUGCGCUGUAUCAGUGACAAAAUGGAGCACUGUGAUCUGUAUGUGAGGCCUUCAGUCUGGGAAGAGCCUGUAUCUGAGAGGGCAUGAGUGCCUGAGACUCUGUGGACCAUCAAGAACUCCACCUCUCUAUUAAGAUUAAUUAGUGUUAAAUGUAAGGUGAAACUUUAUGCUGUGGAUAUUUAUUCUGGUGGAAGUUCAACAAAGAUCAAAUCUAAGUCCCACAAAAUUGAAGAAUUCACUAUAAGCCACUAUUAUGUAGCUGUUAAAUUAAAACAACAUCCUUCUGUCCCUAUUUUGGGGCCUGGACACUGUGGAAAUGACAGCUCUGUGGGGUCAGCAGUCUGCCAAACUCUCCCUCCUCAGCUAAGUUACGGUGAUGGUUUUGUCGGGCAGGAUAAUUCUACCCUCCUAAAACAUGACAUAUGACGUUAAGAUGUACAGGGGUGACAACUGAUGAGAAACUUCUGUUGAUUUCCAUGGGAAGACAGGGUUGUGAAAGGAAAUUAUUCUGUCAAAUUUUAGAGUGGAAAAUAAAAGCCGGAGCCUUUUUUGCCAUUUAACAGUAGUUUUUCUUUUUUUUAAUAAAGUCAUUAUAAAUAUGUACAAAGAGUCUCAACAUAUGAAAUUCCUUUUACAAAAGAGAAGCCACAUCCAACUAUAAACAGGAGACUUUGUGGAUUUGUAUCAACAGUAAGCAUAGGCUUUGCUCUUGCUUUUAUGAGGGUGGAAACUUGCACAGUGACUCUGCAAGAGUUUACAUCCAAAUAGUACUAAAUCAGUAAUGUGCAAGGAAUUGUGUAUUCACUGCAUUUCAUCAAUUUUAUUCUGUUAGAAAUGCAUCUGGGAGCAGACUGGAAUUUUUUCAGAUGUCCUAAGGAUUUAAGGUGAUGGGGAGAUUUCUUCUUGCAAUAAACUGCAGUUUUCAAAUUGUUUGGAAAGUUUAUGCUGUGAAUAUCCAUGAAAACUAAAUCCCAUUGUAGUUAGGUGGCAUCUGUAACCAAUAAUGCAUGGAGAUUGACAGUUCAAUACCCAGAAGCUUUCAGUGAAUAUUUGUCAAGCUCCAAAGUCACUUCCUUUAAAUAUUUAAAAACUUGUGAAAUUCAAGUACUCAAGUAUUUAUGCAGAGUGAACGCUGAAGAAGCGUGAUUGGAGUUAAGUGAAAAUUCACUCUUGUUUUCAAAUAAAUAUUGUCAGAAAAAAUAUUCACCUUUUUUUUUCAAUUUUGUAGUUUUGAAUUUAUCUUGCAGAUGGGGAAUGCAAAUUCUGUACCUUUGGAACAGUCAGCUUUUUCCCAAAACUGCUAAGGGCAGAGCUGUUGUUUGGAAGACCCAAAUUUGGGAGUGCAUUUGGAGUACAUACUGAUGGAGAUUCUUUUUAUGCAGGUGGAAUGUGGUUCAAGCCAGUAGGAUAGGCAGAGGGAAGAAGCACAGAAGUGUCUUAUGCCAGGCACAGGAAUAAAGCUGUACUGUGAGCAAAGAUAGCCCUUUGAAUUAAAAUGUCUUGCACAUUCAGACCAGCAUGGAAUUAGAAGAGCAAGGUAGAAGCAUCAUGUGAGGAUUCCUCUCCUCCACUCAGACUAGUGUUUUCCUAAGAUCAAGUCCUACCUUAUUUAGACUUCCCUAGGUUUUUGGAUUUUGAGUUCAUGUGGCCAGUGUCUCCUAACCUGUUGUACAGAGAGAGAGGAACAAUUUUAACUCAGCAUACAGAAAGCAGUGAACUUUCACAGUGUUACACUGAGGCAGAGAAUGAGGCUGAGUUUUGAAGCUUGGAUUCAAAAUCAAAUUUGCUCUAAGAACAGUUGUUAAGGUAUUGUUCAACCAGUUGUGGAGGUAGAAUAUAACCAGGAAGUUUUGGUGUGCCUACAAAAAAUGUGGGUUUCAUUUGGAGCCACAGGUAGUUUGUUACAUACACCCAGGCUUCUGCUACGAUUAUGGGCAGCUGUUUUCUCAAAACCAUUUGUAGAAAAAUGAAAAAUACAUAUUAAGGUAGAUGUGUUAUCCUGUCCUCACUGUUAGCCAUUUUGUACAUGGUACGGCAAAAUUUCAGAAAGGAUCCCCUUUGGUUUUGCUUCCCUUUUCUCCACUGCCUCCCAGAGGGAGAUUCUCCUCUGCCUGUUCAACCUCCAAGGGCUAAUGGCAAUAGCAGCAUCGAACAAAUUGUUUCAUCUUACGAGGCAGCAGGGAAAGUGCCUGGUGCCAAGGUGUUUGUGGAUAUAGAAUCUGCACCAGUUUAACUAAAUCUGCUUCUAAUCAUUUCCAGCAGAAGAUACAGCUUCUGCUUUUGCACUGAAGUUAUAAUUUUAGCAUGGUAUAGAAAAAAAAAAAACAAAUUCACAAAUCAGAUUAAACUGAUUUAACAAGUGUUUCUGAUUUUAGUAAAUUGCUUUAGUAAUGGGCUUAGCUAAAUUAGGAUAAUUUCUGCAUGCCUACAUGCUCUAAAACAGAAGCAUGAUGGGUUUCUCAUUCCUCAUCACUAGCAACUCAUUGAUUUGGGUGAUUUGCUCUAUGUUUUUAUUGGGUAAUGCUUGUCCUAGGAGGCAUUGCUGUUCUUGUACAACAUAAGGGGUAGAACUGGUCCCAUUCCAUAUUUUCUUACCUACAGAAAAUAAUUCUAAGAAGGAAUCUGGAAUCAAUAGACUAAAUUCUGUCCUGGGUGUAACGCAGCUGUCUGUAAUCAGACAGUGGUGAUAGCCUAGAAUUAAUUUGGCCAAGUGACUUCUUUAACAGUCAGGGGAGAGGAACUGAUUAGUGGUCCAUGCUGUACUGCUUUUUUAACUUGAAAUAUGAAAUUCCAAUAUGUGAUAGGAGCUAUCUUGGUGGAGUGCUGCUUUAAAAAUUAAUAAAGACUUUCCUCACAGCCACAUUAUGCAGUGUUCUAUAUAGACUAUGAUCUCAUAACCUCCUCCUCUGGCUUGCACACGCACCGUCUGCUGAAACCUAAGAUGAGGUCUUUUUUUUCAUUUAGAGAGCACUCCCCAGUCUUCACCGAGGCACAACUGCGAAGCUAAUCAAAAUCAAUGACUUCUUGGCUGCUGAAAAAAAAAAAAAAAAAAAGGAGAGAGAAAGAGAGGAACUGUGCUGGUUUCCUACCCAUGAGGAAGGUACAGAAACCCCCCACCACCUCACACAGCUGUUGCGAUGCAGUAUGAACAGCACUAGGGGAGUAUACAGCAUGCUUUCUUUUCUAGUACAAACAUCAACCAGGGUUAAAUCAGGUAUUUUAAAAAGGAUAAAAACACCCCUUUUCAAAAAAUGGAGGCAUUCAAGAAUAGCAAUUAUACCAGAAAAUGUAAGGCUUUGACAAAUACAUACCCUCUAUUAAGUAAUUCCAUUUAUGUACAGUGAAUGCUAGCUAUAAAGUGCUGGUAAGCUGUUUCUCUAGCAAAGCUUGCUUGACCCAGCAACUAAUAGAUGAAAGUCUCCAAAAGUUAACCCUUGGUUCACAUCAAACAUCCCAUUUAGAACUACAAAAGUGAAGCAAAUCAGGAUUAAAGCAGGAUCUGGAGUCUGUUCCUGCUCUUGUUUAUACUUGGGAAGCACCAUAGAUUUGGUUCUUAUUUCAUGAGAGUAACAACAGGCAUCAUGCCUUCUGCCAUUGUGGUGAAUGUUGGGAACAACCAAGGAAGAGGCUGGUUCCCUGGGAGUUCUGUUUUGUUUUGUUUGGUUUUGGUUUGGUUCGGUUGCUUGUUUUUCAGAAAAGCUUGUCCAUGGUGAGUUAGGACUCAGGAAGAUUAGCCAAUCACUUCGUGCUCAGGUUGGUCACUGAUUUAAGGGGCUUUCCCAAAGGGAUAAGAACAGAACUUUCUUUUUUCUUUCCUUUGCUGUGUGCUGUAGUGUUUCAGGGGAACUGCCUCUUUGGGAAAAAAUGCUGCAAGAAGUCUCAAGGCUGCAAGCCCAAAUAGCCAGCAUUGCAGGAAAAAACAGUGGUAGUGCAAACCGUAUGCACAGAAGAUGCAAGGGAAAAGUAAUGCACAUUCUAGGUUAGUAGUUUAUUAAAACAUUCAGAUCUCAGGAGCUAACAGUAAUUGUUAAGGGUGAGGAAAUGUGGGAGAGCCCUCAUACUUGAAACUGAGAAAUGUAAGCUAGCUCCUCUGUUGGCUGCGUUGUCAAAAGGCUACCUCCGUGUAUGGGGUACACACACAGGGUGAGAGAAGGGGUAAAGGGAAGGCCCCCUUCAGGUUAUGUGUCCUCUAUAGCAAAAUUAUGCAUCCAGUCUUCCCAAUCAAUUAUUUUCUGUUCAAAUUUGACUAUUGUGCAAUACAGGAACACACAAGUUCGCUUCCUUGUUUGAGUGAUUUGCAGAAGAUUGUAUUUUUAAGACUAUGCCUGAUCCAGCAAUCACUAAUCCAGCACUUGCAACCCUGCUGAAAUCAGCUGAGGCUCCUCCAUUUGCUAGAAGAAUUCUUAUUCUGAUCAGAGACUGAGCCAGGAAGGAAUACAGGAUGCCUAGUAUUAGUGAGCAUCAGGCCAAAAAUGGUAGAAAAAUGUUUUAUCGGUGGAUGUAGUCCCUGUGGUUCUGAGGCCAUCCAAACUCUAUCAAUAGACAAAAUACACUUAGCUACAUGAUCCCUCCCACCACUGCACAUAAAAUAAAGUAGGGCAAGGUUAUUCAUUAGCAACAAUUUGCUCUUUCAGCGUAGCCCUUUCUGCUGUUUGUGAAUUGACUUGGAUCAAUAAUUCCCAUGAAUAUGUGUGCAGGUGCCCAAAACACAUUGGUGAAUAUUUGAUAAAGAGAGAAUUUAGCUUUUAGAUUGCUUAGAAACAUUUCUCCUGCAGUAGUCAAAAAUGCGAAGUUUGACUGGGACAUAGCAACUGCUCGGUUUGUUCCUUGAUUGGGCAGGGGUUAGAAAGUAUUUUUAAAAGACAAGGAGCCAAACUUUGGAAACUGGAAUCUUGACAUCCCUUUAUGCCUUUGAAAAUUCACCCCUGCCAUGUGAAGGUUAAUUUUGUGCUGCAAAUAUCUGAAGCCAGGAAAAAUGUUUCUAAAACAUGUGCCUAAGAAUUACCGUAAAUAGCUUCUGGAAGGUAUCCUGAAUCUGACAGGUAGUUUUGGCUGCAAGAAAAAAAGUGCUCAGUACUAGGCUGGGAAAAGCCUCUUGAUUUCUAAGGACAAGUUCUCCUAUUAUCCUCUAGUCUCUUGAUUAGUCUAGAUAUAGUUCUUUUCUAUAGGUCUUUUCUUCAAAUCCUGGUUGACAGGAUUUGAGACCACUUCAGUCAGCAUCCAGGAGAACACCCAGCUCCAGAGCUGUAGAAGAUUCUGCAUUAGCAGAUCUGACAUGUACACUGCAGUGAAAGGAGCUGGUGUGUCUUUGCCACCUCAGCGAAUGCUGCUUCCCAAGCUCGGAACUGACAAAAGAAAAAGAACUGCCCCAAAGAAAAUUAGUUUUAUAUAGUUCUGGGCUAAAUUACUUUUCUGUCUUAAUUUAUGCAGAGGUUGAAAGAAAGAAAAAAAAAUAGCACCUUCUUGAACAAGUAUUAUUUUUUGCUAUCUUGUGUAUAAAUAUCAAUAACCAAAAUAGAUUUCUCCUUGUCCCAUGUUUCAGAACAUCCUCUUGGGGAAACUGUAGCACCACAAAGAGGCAGUUUAGCCCCAGACAAAUAGUAAAUGUAGCACCAGAGAAACAAAAGUCUUAAGAAAAGCUUAUCUCACCUGGUGCUAUAGCGCUUAAUAUAUACACACACAAACUGUCUGUUGUCCAAGCUGCUAAGCACCUCUUCCUCCGCCACCAAGGCUAGAACAUGCCCGCUUUGCAGCGAGUUUGGUCAAGGUAUUACUUAACUCUGGAUGUAUAGAUAAUUUUUCAUCCUGCUGCAUUGAAAGGGACAUUUAUGUCACCACAAACAAGGUGCAGUGGAGAAAAUGCUAGCAUUACAGCAAGGACAUCACUAAUCUUUUGACUCAGACUGCAGGAGCACGAAUGCUCAGACCACCAUCAUCUACAAGGAAUGUUGCUUACGUUCUCAACAAGGCAUGCACGUUUUAACGUAUGCAUACAGGAGGGUUUACAUUCUUCUAUAUAUAAGCAUGUAUGUGUCUCUGUUUUGCUGCUGGGCCCUUGAACAGCUCCUUCAGUGCAAAUCCUUCUUCACGUUGCCCAAAGCACUUCCAACAUCUUCCACUUCUUUCUUUAUCUCCACUCUUCACAGCUGCUGCUCAGGCUCUGGAUUCCCUGUAGGAAAAGGGGAAACAAUUUCUCCAAGGGCACAGGGUUUCCUCCAGCCUAAGAAAGCAAAAGAAUUGUGUUUGGUUUUAAUUAUAUUGAUGCAUUGGUUACAAUAAAAGCUUCUUUUAAAUUUA